CCCGCCCGCUUUCCAAAUCCCCUGCCCAAACCCCACACCAAAAACCAAAUCACGCCACUUAAAACUGCUUCCCUGGCUCGUAACGAGUCGCCUACCGUGCGUUAAUCCGGCGGAUCCAAGCCCCGCGUGCGUGCGUGCGUUCAUUCAUUAGAGCCCGCACAAACACGGAAAAGGAAGGCAGGCGAGAGGGGGAGGGAGAAGACCAUCGGACCGUCCACCCAUUCGUCCGGCGGCGGCGGCGGCGCACGGAGCAGCAGCGGAGGAGGGGGAUCAGCGAGCCGGAAAAGCAUCCCCGCCCAGUGCUGAAAUGAAUAUGUCCUUGCUUGCACAAGUAACAGGCAUUUAGGAUGGUGGAUAACAAGAAUGAUGGGUCUGAAGGGGUCAAGUUCAACACGUCGCACCUGAUGCAAACAACCGAAGAGGUUGCGAGAGCAUUUAUUGCCGCUGCUUCAGCUGCCACCGUGCAACCAACACAGCCGUCUGUCGUCUAUUCGUCUGGGGAAGAGAGUGGCAGCCCAAUGCAGAAGCUGCAGCAGCAAUUCUCGAAGAUAAUGAAAGGGUUUUCAAAUUCACCCGAAGUGUCUGGACCAUACAACCCGGAAGUUCUCACGACACACAAGCGGCAGUGGUCGAGGUUCCAGCAGAAGUCAUUGGGUAAUAGGUGCAUCAAAGAACCAUCACAUCUUUUUGAGAGCAUAGUGAUUGUUGGGCUUCCUCCUCAGGCAGAUAUCCAUGAGCUAGAAAACAUUGCUCUAGGGAGAAAUGAUGAUGAUGCAAAGAAAUCAAGACAUAUAUUUGGCAACAACCACCACCAAGUUCAUGCUGUAUCAAAUUUGGAACCUCAGGUCCUUUUUGCAUACCCCCCUGAGAGGUCUCUUCCGCUUAAGUACAAGGAUAUCGUCUCGUUCUGCCUUCCUGGAGGUGCACAGGUUAAUGCUGUUGAACGGACUCCAUCAUUCAGCGAGCUGAACGAAAUUCUCCUAGGGCAGGAACAUCUAAAAGAAAGCAAUCAAUCUUUCGUCUUCCGUUUACAGGUUGCUGAUGAUCCUACAUUAUAUGGAUGCUGUGUAUUGGUGGAAGAGAUUGUACAAAGACCCUCAAAGCUAGUUUCGAUGCUCACGAAUGAGAAACCUGUAUUUCCACGCCGGAGUCGUUAUGUAGUAACCACGCCACGGUGUUAUUGCAUCCUGUCUAGGCUGCCAUUCUUUGAACUGCAUUUUGGGGUGCUGCAGAGUAUUCUUAUGGAAGAACGACUUGAAUGGCUCACGGAUGGUGUUAGCAUGCUAACCUCAUUAUCGCCUGAAGAGGAAUGUGAGGAUGGUGAUAUCUGUGAAGGCUCCGAAAGCGUAGGACAAGAACUGUAUUUUGGUUGUACAACAGUAGAAAAAUCCUUUGAACCAAGCGUGGAAGUUUCUCCAAAGCAGCUCUCUGACACGGACAGCAAUUCUGAGUGUAGGGAGAACCAACUGGACUUCAUCUCCCUAGAAGUCCAACAGGAAAGUGGUUCUCCUGUCAAAGAAGAACAAAAUGUUCUUGUAACAGGAACAGCUACUCAGUGUUAUACCGCAGAAGAGUCUGACAAUUCUGUUUCAGAAGAUACAGCGACUGGUGUAUCUGGAGUUAAGCUUGAUGAACCGGAUUCCUUACCCAUCAUUCCGAAUGAAUCUGAUACCAAGGAAAAUUCUCAUGUUCUUUCACAUGAAGAUGUGAUUGAUGGAGAACUUGAUAUCUUUGUCAAUGAUACUAUCUUGCCGCUUAUACGGUCUCGCCUUAGUGAAGGAUCUGAAUCAUCACCAAGUUCCCAAGACUCUCCUUCUGAAAGCAUAAAUUUGAGAAAUGAUACCCCCGACUUGGACUUGGAGGAGCCAUCUUCCAUUGGUCAUGGAGACGUAGUCGGGCACAACAGUAUAUUGCGAUGGGCUAAGGCCAAAAAGUAUGGAUCUCUACAAGUUGUCUGUCAGUACUACCAGUUGCAGUGUCCUGUCAGGGGUUCAUCACUUAAUUUUCAUCCGUUGGAGCACCUGCACUCAUUGAAGUUUCAUCGGCCAGGUGAAACUGCUCUUCAUCUUGCCGGGUCGACUAUUGAUCUUCGGUCACGUGAUACAAGCUUAGAGGUGGCUGAGAUGCGUAAUGCACUCUUCGCUGAAGAGGAAUCGACUGCUUUAUCCACAUGGGCUGUUGCAACAAUAUGUGGAUGCCUCAGGUUGGAACAUGUAAUUACGCUGUUUGCCGCCGCGCUCCUGGAGAAACAGAUUAUUAUUGUCUGUUCUAAUUUGGGAAUGCUUUCAGCUUCAGUUUUAUCCAUAAUACCUCUAAUACGGCCAUAUCAGUGGCAGAGUCUACUCAUACCGGUUUUGCCAAAUGACAUGCUGGAUUUUCUGGACGCGCCUGUUCCAUACAUUGUUGGUGUGCAGAACAAAACACCUGAUCUGCAAUCCAGGCUAGCAAAUGCUGUGAUAAUUGAUGCCAACAAGAAUCAGAUUAAGUCUGCUUCAGUACCGCAACUUCCACAACAGAAAGAAUUGCUUUCUGCGUUGCGGCCGUAUCAUUCAAGACUUGUGGGUGAAAGUUAUCUCGCUAGGAAGCGCCCUGUCUAUGAAUGCACAGAUGCCCAGGUGGAAGCAGCUAAAGGUUUCUUGGCAGUUCUUAGAUCCCACCUUGAUUCUCUGUGCUCCAACUUAAGAUCUCACACUAUUACCAAUGUGCAAUCCAACAAUGACAAGGUUUCCUUAAUUUUAAGAGAGAGCUUCAUUGGUUCUUUUCCAGCCCGUGAUAGGCCUUUUAUGAAGCUGUUUCUGGACACACAAUUGUUCUCGGUACAUACAGACCUAGUUCUCUCCUUUUAUCAGAAGGACUGAGUCUCUCUCCUGACGUUUUGACUGUCAUCAGGGACAUGAUUUUUUCAAGCCUUUCAAUGUUGAGCUCAACUGUACAUAUCGUCGUAGAAGCUGCCUUUGAUCACAUUGGCAGCUCAUAGUGGACUAGAAGCUGCCUUUGAUCACAUUGGCAGCUCAUAGUGGACUAGAAGCUGCAAGGGACGACCCAUAUACUGUUGGCGAAGCUGUAGAGUAUUGAGGAGAUCCAGGUAAUGUUAUACCAGAAAAUGCCCGUCGGGCUGUUGUAAAUUAGCUCUGCUUUCAUGCAGAAGACUUUGUAGGCAGUAGUCAUUCCCAUGAGGAACCUUCUGGCUUGCUCUUCCUACAAUGCAGAAUCCCCGGGCGUGGGAUCCUAAUGUUACUUCUGCAGCUAGUUGGUAUACGGGGAGAGAGAACCAGAAACAUAUACUGCAGUAAUUUAAGCACAAACUAGAGUUAAAACUGAUGCAAUGUCGAAGGACUAUCUGUAUCUCAAUUUUGCCGUGUGACGUUCUGUGUUGUACAGAAACAGUUUGGAGUGUGAUAUACAUAGUAUUUUCAUCAUCAAAUUAUGACUGCUGUCUGGAGUUUGA